CGAGGCUUUUUAAAACGCGGUAAAUAUUGGAUCCUACUUUGGACUAGUCUGCGAUCCAACAUUGACCAACUCCGUUGAAGUCUUUGAAAAAGAAUCGUUUUGCAGUUGCUUAACAUGGCAGAUACUGAAAGUAUAGCAACAUCCUCGCAGAUGGAUAAUCAAGAUGACCCUUUGAAUGAGCAUUCUUCCUAUGAGUUAAAUCAGAUGCGAAUGGAAUUUGAGUCUGGGAAUUAUGUUCUCAAAAAUGAAACAGAUAUGUUUGAAAAAUACCUGAAAAGAGUUGAACCGAGUGUAACAGGAGCAUCAGUAUUACCAGUUCCAAGCCAAUCAUCCCAUGAUGCCAGGGUCAUGCGGAAGCGGUCUCGUUCGAAAGGAAGUGGCGUCGAGAAACAUCUAAAAUUGUCAGCUGAACAAAAGUGUGAUAUUGCUCAAAGAGAAAUUGAAGAAUUGAGAGAAGAUAUUGAAAAACAUAAAGAGGCCUCUGAGAAAGAUAUGGAUGGCUAUAAGGCUACCAUGGAGGAGGCUGAGCUAAGACUGUCUGAGCUCAAGAAGUCAUUCUAUGAGUUCGAUAGGGACAUUGUGAAGGGUUCGGUUAAUUCCCGAAGCAACCGUGUGAUAGCGGAAAAAGUGAUCAGAUACUUUGAAGAUAAACAGAGAGCACGGGACACAUUAAUCGAGAAGUUACGGCUCAAGAAUUCUACCUUAAAGGUCCAGAAAAAAAAACUGCAUUUACAGCUCAAACAGAAAGAAGAAAUGGGUGAGGUGUUGCAUGAGGUUGACUUUCAGCAGUUGAAGAUUGAGAACAGCCAAUAUCUUGAAAAGAUCGAUGAACGUAACCAAGAUCUCCUCAGAUUGAAACUCAUGAGCGGCAACACCCAACAGGUUCUUAAUUCAUAUAAGAAAAAACUGCAGACGUUGACACUUGAAUCGGAUCGCCUCAAUGCAGAAAUAAGUUCUAGAAAUGACCUGCUUGGAAAAAUUGAUUCUGAAACAGAUACUGUACAAUCUGAGAGAGCAAAAGCUGAAGAAGUAAAUCGAAGGCUCCGCCAACAACUUGAAGAUUUUAGAGUUCCUGAAGUUGUAGAGUAUGUGCAAGAGAAGGCAGACUUGUAUGAAAUGAAUAAAACUGUCAGAAGUUGGGAGAGGAAGGUGGAAAUUGCUGAGAUGGCGUUGCGUGCUAACCGCAAAACAUGGCAGCAAUUAAAAGCAGCAAGUCAACAACAGCAACUGUGGAAUAUUGAGCCAAUCAAAAUGUCUUAAGCAAAUCACAUGAUCUGAUGAUGCUCUUGUAAGAGUUGAUAGUUACCCCUCUUCCAUUAAAAGUUUCUAUUUCAUUCAAGCAAGAUGCAUAUUAUGUUCAUGAUAUACCAAACAUUUUUAAUGUAAAGUCUUUGAUUGAGAGUAUUGUACAGUUUAUUAUAUUAAACAACAUUGAUAUGUUGUAAUUCCAAUUAGUAGUUCAUUAUGUGUAUAUAUUGAAUUGUUUCAUACUAAAAUGCUUGUAAGGAAAAAAAAUGUUUUCAUUGAAGACUCUAAAAGCAAAGCAUGGAUUACAAUGCACUAAUACUGUAUAUAGAUCAUUUUAAAAAAAAGCGAGCUUUACUGGUAUUUUUACAAAUUUUAAUUUUAAAGCCAAACUUGAGAAAAAAUUAAUUUUAGGGCAGAUUUUGAUGUCACAAAGCCACUGAGCCAAAGUAGUACCAAGGUAGUACGUAACUGUACACCGUAUUUUGGCCUCUGUAGCGCCCUCUAUUGAUGACUAACAUUUUAACCAAAGAGUAUAAAACUGCAAGAGGUCCGACUUCCCUGAUUGUAAUGGCUUAGAUCAUUUGGCAUGUGAAUUUAACACUGUCUUGAGUGAUAACGAUAUAGAGGUGUUCCUUAGAUUAUAUGUUUUAUUAUAUGCAGAUGACACGAUUAUUAUGGCUGAAAGUCCAACAGAGUUACAGAAAGCAUUACACGCUGUUAAAAAUUAUUGUGACAUGUGGCAUCUCACAGUAAAUACAAGUAAAACUAAAAUUGUUAUUUUUUCAAAAGGUAAAGUGAGAAACAUACCGGUUUUCACGUUUGGUGACGAACAAAUUCACACUGUUGAUGAUUAUGUUUAUCUUGGCACAACAUUUAAUUAUAAUGGUAAUUUCAAUAAAGCCAUAAAUAAGCAAGUUUCUCAAGCAAAAAGAGCAAUGUAUAGUAUGUUAACAAAGGCCAGAAUAAUAGGUUUGCCUGUAGAUAUUCAAUGCGAACUAUUUGAUCAGCUUGUUUUGCCUAUCCUCAUUUAUGGCUGUGAGGUUUGGGGGUUUCAAAAAUUAGACCAGAUUGAAGUGUUUUAUAGAAAAUUUUUGAAAAAUAUCUUAAAACUAAAUAAAUAUACUCCCAACAGUAUGGUCUUGGGUGAAGUAGGUAGAUCAAAAGUCCAAGUGACAAUUGAGAAAAGAAUAUUAAGUUUCUGGGUUCGUAUUUUGGAAGGUAAACAGAGUAAACUGCCAAAUAUUAUGUUUAAGCUGUUAAAGAGAUUACAUGAUCAGGGUACAUACAUUUCGAAAUGGACAAGUAAGAUUAAAAGUGUACUUGACAAUU